AUGAAGCAAACGAUGAAUCAUUUAUCGAAAAUACAAGCUAUCGAAAAUCUUAACAAAAACUUCAAAAAAUAUUACGACUCAUCAGAAGUAUUGUGUGUAAAUCCUAAACGCAUCAUUUUUAGACACUACUUAAAACAGAAAAGACACAAAUACGGGAUAAAAGUAUUCAAAUUAUAGGAAUAUACAUUCCGUUUCCGUGGAUCGGAUAAAUGAUAUACGUUCAGUUUCUGUGUUUACACAGGAAAAUCUCAAACAAACAAAUACAUUUUCUAAUAUUGUUACGGAUUUAUGUAAAAAUAUAUUUGAUAAAAGUUAUACGUUGUGUAUCGAUAACUCGAUAACCAAACAAGCUGAUAAGAAUACGCAUUUGAUAGGAAUAUCCCGAAAAAAUCGUAAAGAAAAUCCAAACGAAGUGAACGCGGACACAUUAUUAAUUCAACACAAUUGA